AUGGAGGCCCCAGGUGGAGACGCGGCACCCGCUGGGUUCUGCAAGGGGAAGUCGGUCGGCAGGGCCCCACACGCCCUUCCCCAGCCUGCAGCGGGGGGUGGGAGCGCUUCCAGGCAGGGGGCUGGGGGGCUGCGGUUGGGACUUUCCCUAAGUCAUUUCCUGUUGCUCUGGGUCUUGCCACUUCCGCCCCUCACCCACCCCCUCCGCCCGCCCGCCCCCCACGCCGCUCCCCGGGGCCCGGGGGUCCCUGAGUGGAACCGUGUGUCGCGGGGGAAGCACAGAGUUAGCCGGCAGCGGCCAGCGAGGGGGCGCCGCGCAGCCGCCGGGAGCGCCCGCUGCCCGGACCCCGCCUGGCCGAGGGCAGGUCGAGGGGCGGGCGGACCGGGCGGGGCCUCGGUGAGAAUCCGCUGGCCCGGCCUGACCCCGGCCCGACGCAGCCGAGGCCGCGGGCGCCCCGCUCCCGGCCGGCGCGGCCCCCGGACAGCGCUCCGGGCUGCGCCGCCCGCCCCGCCCCGCCAAGCCGCCGCCCGCGCCCCGCUUCUCGGCCCAGGGCCGACGAGGACCGGGCCCCAGACCCGGGACCCCCGCGGGCCCGGCCAGGGGGAUUCGGCCCCGUCCCUGCUCGGAGGCGCGCCCGGGAGGGCGGUCGCCGGCCUCGGGGCGCGGGGCGCGGGGCCCCGGGCAAGAGCGGCGGGCGGAGGCGCGGGGCGUCGGGACCCCGCGGGAGGCGGCCCUCGCGCCCGCACCCCCUCCUCGGCGCCCGGGCUUGCGAGGCGGAUGCAGGCCCCCUCCCCGGCCCGCCCGCGGGUCUCACCGGGGCCCCGGCCUGGGCCGCGGGGCGGGGGUCGGUCUCCGGGGGACGCCUCGGGUGCGUGGAGGGCGCGGGCGCGAGCUCCCGCCGCUGCCAGUGGUCCCCGAGCGGCCGCCGCCGCCACCGCCUUAUCGCGGCGCCGCCCCCGCCGGCCCCCGCCCCGCGCCCGCCCAUUGGCUCCGCCGCGCCCGGAGCCGCCUCCGGGGCCCCGGCGCCGCCGCCGACCCCCUCUGCGCUUUGUCUUCCCCUCGCUCGCCGUCCCCUCCUUUGUCUGCCCCGCCGCCCCGACCCCGCGCUCGGGCACCCGCGCCGCCCCCGCCGGCCGCCCCGUCGGCCCGCUCCAGACCGAGGCGGGCGGGGUCGGGAGCCGCAGCGGAGCGCACGCCUCGGGGGGAGGGGGGGCCUCGUGCCCGCCCGGCUGUCCGCGGGCCCUGCGGGGUGACAGCCCCGCGGGGGCGGCCGGGCCCGGGAUCCCACGCCCCCUCCGGCCGCGGAGUCCUCCCGCCGCCAGAGGCCGCCCCGAGGCCGGCACGCGGUCCCGCCACGCGAGGCUGCGAGGCGCGGCGCCCCGUGGUGGCCACCUGGCUGCCCCAGUCCCUUCUGCCGCGACCCCACAGACAGGGGCCCCCGGAGGCUGCAAGGCCCGCCCCCUACGGCGUUCCCGUGCUUGCACAGCAGUGACCAGAUUCUCAAAAGGCAGCUGCAGUGAUGCAGGAAAGCGUGGCCCUCACCCCCUGGAGGAGCACCAGGAGCAAGCUGCGCCUGCUGCAGGCACUGUGGAGCCACCUCCCCUGCCCAGGACGGGUCUGCAGGGGGGGGGGGGGGAUCUGCCAGCAGCCACCACAGGAACAGCAGCUUGGGCGCGGAGGAUGAACGGACCCGACCGCAAGGUGAAGAAAGCAGUUCAGAAGGAAAGUAAACAGGCUGAUGAUGGUGUUGAGAAAAGGGAACUUGAGGUUUAA